GAUGGCGGCGGAGACGGUGGAGCUGCACAAGCUGAAGCUUGCUGAACUAAAGCAAGAGUGUCUUGCUCGUGGAUUGGAAACCAAGGGAAUAAAACAAGAUCUUAUCCAUAGGCUCCAGGCAUAUCUUGAAGAACAUGCUGAAGAGGAAGCAAAUGAUGAAGAUGUAUUGGGAGACAAAACAGAGGAAGAAGAACCGAAGCCCAUAGAGCUGCCUGCCAAAGAGGAAGAAACUCCUAAAAAAACUGUCGAUGUGGCAUCAGAAAAGAAGGUGGUAAAAAUUACAUCUGAAAUGCCACAGACCGAGAGAAUGCAGAAAAGGGCUGAACGAUUCAAUGUGCCCGUGAGCUUGGAGAGUAAGAAAGCUGCUCGGGCAGCUAGAUUUGGCAUUCCUUUAGCUCCAACAAAAGGUCUGUCAUCUGACAACAAGCUUGUGGUCAAUCUGGAUAAGCUGAAGGAAAGAGCACAAAGAUUUGGUUUGAAUGUCUCUGCAAUCUCUAGAAAGUCAGAAGAUGAUGAGAAGUUGAAGAAAAGGAAGGAACGAUUUGGGAUAGUCACAAGUUCAGCUGGAACUGGAGCCACAGAGGACACAGAGGCAAAGAAGAGGAAAAGAGCAGAGCGCUUUGGGAUUGCAUGAUGAAAAGUUGUUGGUGUUUUCUGUUCUCCAGUGGUUUCCACUUCUGAUUCUUCUUGGAUAUAUAUAUAUAUAUAUAUAUAUAU